AAGUCGGAGGAAGACGCGGCGGCUUUGCUCGUUCGAAAAUGCAUCGUCGCGGUGUGGGUAUCGGGUGCCUGUGGAUAUUAUCUUGUCUGACGAUGUUAUCAGUGACGGGCGCUUACCAGUACCUGGAAGAGCUUACAUCUCAAGGAUUGUUUCCCAACGUAUUCAAUUUAGCAUCAUCAUCUGUGAUUACUGUCAACGCCACUUGUGGAGAAACUGGUCCGGAAGUAUACUGUAAGCUCGUGGAACAUGUGUACAGGAAAAAUGAACGCGACAGAGAAUCCCAGGAGCAGUGCGGCGAAUGUGAUGCGAGAAGUUCCAAUCCGGAUAAGAAGCAUCCCAUCGAAUAUGCGAUAGACGGGACAAACAAUUGGUGGCAGAGCCCAACCCUUCAGAAUGGUAAACAGUAUGAAUGGGUCACCAUUACUCUGGAUCUGAAACAAGUAUAUCAAAUUGCUUACGUUAUCGUCAAAUCUGCUGUAUCUCCGAGACCUGGCAACUGGAUACUCGAGAGGUCAUUGGAUGGCGUUGUCUACCUGCCGUGGCAGUACUAUGCACUCAGCGACGGCGAAUGUUGGAAUGUGUACGGCAUCACGCCAACCAUCGGACAGCCGCACUACAGAAAUGAUGACGAUGUCAUUUGCACGUCAUACUAUUCCAAACUAGAUCCCUUGGAGAAUGGGGAGAUCCACACAUCACUCGUCAAUGGGAGACCAGGUGUUGACGGCCCGAGCGCGAAGCUAAUGGAGUUUACCAAAGCCAGAUAUGUCAGACUGAGGCUUCAAAAAAUUCGAACACUGCAUGCGGACUUAAUGUCUCUUCAAAUUGGAGGAGAAAAUGCUGAUCCUUCGGUUUCGAGAAGAUAUUUCUAUUCCAUCAAAGACAUCUCAGUCGGCGGGCGAUGCGCGUGCUCUGGACAUGCAGAUACUUGUACCACUGAUGGCAGCACCGGGAGGCUUCUCUGCAAAUGUGAACACAACACCUGCGGGGAGAACUGUGACAAGUGUUGCCCUCUCUACAAUCAGAAACCAUUUAAUCAAGGCACCAGCGACAAUGCUGCGAUAUGCGAAAAAUGUGAAUGCUACGGGCAUUCGGAUCAGUGCCAUUACGAACAAAUAGUUGCUGACAAGAGGCUGAGCAUUAACACUCGAGGGAAGUACGAAGGAGGCGGAGUGUGCGACAGCUGUAAACAUCACACUGCUGGCCUCAAUUGCGAGCACUGUGAGGAUGGAUAUUAUCGGCCGUCGCAAGUUCCCCGGAACCAUACUAAACCCUGCAGAAAAUGUCAGUGCUCGGGUCCAGGAAUGACCGGUCUGUGCGUUAAGGAUGAUUCGCAUUUAUUGGAAGGCUUGCCUCCUGGAUACUUUGUAAUUUCCAGUUUCUCAUUUCGUUGUGGGGAACCUGGCGACUGCUUUUGCAAAGCUGGAUUUGCUGGAAAAAAUUGUGAAAGUUGUGACAUCGGUUACAAAAACUAUCCUCGUUGCGAACCCUGUCCCUGCCACAGCGCUGGCACAAUAGGAUCAGUUUGUGAAGGCGACUGUGUUUGCAAGACGCAUGUCCAAGGUUCGAGAUGUGAUCGAUGCAAACAAGGUUUCUACCAUUUAUCUGCUGACAAUCCUGAUGGUUGUUCCCAGUGCUUCUGCUUUGGAAUGAGUGACGAAUGUGCUGAGUCGGAUUGGGGCGUGACCAUUAUUCAAAAUGUGGAAGAUUGGCGUGUGACUGACCUCAAAGGCACGAGGGUCGUCAAGCCCCUUCCAGAGAAUGGCAAUGUGGUGAUUGCUAAUGAUGACGUUUCGAACUUCAACACUUACUACUGGCUGGCACCGCCCGAUUACUUGGGUAAGAAGCUCUACUCAUACGGAUCAGACUUAAAAUUCACCUUGAGUUACGUGGUUGCUCGUGGUGAUACAUCUGGCACUUAUACUGAAAAUGCUGACGUAGUGUUAGAGGGCAAUGGACAGCAAAUCGGCUACAACUGGGGGAUUCGGCCUGAAUUCGACGAAGUGGCCAUUUCCGUACCUCUUCGCGAACAGGGUUGGUUCAUGCUAACUCCUCGGGAAGACGGCACAAACUCUGUGAGCAGAGAAGACUUCACGCUCAUUCUCAACGAUCUCACUAAACUACUGAUACGCGCCAAGUUCCACACCGAUCAGAUCGAAGGCCGGUUGCACAAUAUAGGAAUGGAAAUCGCAGCGAAAGAGUCCAAGAGCUUAAGGAAAAUAGGCUCGGUGGAAAAAUGCGUUUGCCCUGUUGGGUAUGCUGGUUUGUCUUGCGAACUUUGUGCGUCUGGAUACAAAUCAGUAACUGGACCCAAAAUUGGCCAUAUUUGCGAAAGAUGCGACUGCUAUAAUCAUGCUGAAUCUUGUGACAAUCCUGAUGGGCGUUGUGAAAAUUGCAUGCACCACACCACGGGUCGGAAAUGCGAUCACUGUGUUCGAGGUUAUUACGGCAAUGCUACAGUCGGUACCCCUGAUGAUUGCAAGCCCUGUGCCUGCCCCCUGGAAAAUCCCGAGAACAAUUUCUCGCCCACCUGCUACGCCAUACAAACCUCGACUGGAGACAGCGAUUAUAUAUGCAAUCAGUGUCCCGAAGGUUACGAAGGCAACAAGUGUGAAAGAUGUGCUGAUGGCUACUUUGGGAACCCGCAGGUGCCCGGCGGUUAUUGCCAGAAGUGUGACUGCAGUGGAAACGCGGACACUUCCCAGAGAGGGUGGUGUGAUAGUUUAACGGGACAGUGCUUGAAAUGUCUUGGAAAUACGGCUGGCUGGAAUUGUGGGGAAUGUGCACCGGAACACUUUGGCAACGCAGCACAACGAUAUUGUGAACCAUGUUCCUGCAAUCCAAAAGGUUCGCAGAGUUCUCAAUGUGACUUAACAACUGGGCAGUGCGUAUGCAAACCUGGCGUCAUAGGGAGAACUUGCCAUCGCUGUGCAGAUGGAUUUGGCAAUUUAGAAGCUGGCUGUGAACCUUGUGUAUGCAAUAGGAUUGGCUCGAGGUCGGAAAUAUGUGACCCGACCACUGGACACUGCAACUGCAAGCCGGGGGUGUUCGGAAUCACUUGCGAUUCCUGUUUGGAAGGAUACUACGGCUUUUCUCAGCAAGGCUGUCGUGAAUGCAGAUGUGAUCGGUUUGGUUCAUUGAGCGUUCAGUGUGAUGAAAGCACGGGACAGUGCGCGUGCAAACCACAUGUUGUUGGAAGAACUUGUGAUAGAUGUGAAGAUGGAUACUGGAAUUUGCAAUCUGGCAACGGUUGUGAACAGUGCCAGUGCAACAGAACUGGAUCUACAGCUUCAGUUUGCGACAAAAACACUGGCCAGUGCACCUGCAAACCAGGCAUUGGAGGAAGAUUUUGUGACCAGUGUCAACCUGGUUAUUUCAUGUUUUCUCCUCAAGGUUGUAGAGCAUGCGACCCCUGCAACAAGCCUGGCCACAUUUGCGAUCCAAGAAAUGGCCGCUGUGUCUGCCCUCCUUACACCACCGGAAACAGGUGUCAAAAGUGUGUUCGCAAUGCUUGGGGAUAUGAUCGUAUCAGAGGCUGCACUCCCUGCGACUGCAAUCGAAAAGGCUCUCCACAGCAGAACUGCGAUCCAGACACUGGGAACUGCAUUUGCCUGGAAGGAUUCGAAGGUAGGCACUGUGAUCAGUGCCGCAUGGGCUUUUACAGCUUUCCCAACUGUCACAAGUGCGAUUGCAAUUUGGAAGGCAGCGUCGAAACUCACUGCCGCAACAACAUUUGCCAGUGCAAUGAAAGAGGAGAUUGUCCGUGCAAGGAGCUAGUUACUGGACAGAAGUGUGACAAGUGUGUGGAUGGUGCCUUUGGCCUCAGCAGGGAAUCGAAGAAGGGUUGCCAUGAAUGUUUCUGUUUUGGAAAAACUAGAGUUUGUAACCAAUCUCCAAUGUACUGGACUCAGAUAUUAUUGCCUUCUCGAGACAUAUUCAUGGAAGUUGGAACUACCGAAAUUCCGACUCGUCUUGGAUUUCAAAUUUUUCCAGAAGAGUUGACUGCGAAGAGAAUUGGAAUACCUUUCGUUUUGGAUAAGCCCAUGUACUGGAGCGUACCUAAAGAGCAUCUGGGAGAUAAGGUUUUAUCCUACAACGGUUAUCUAAAUUUCAAUGUGGAAAGUCGAGGCUCUUCAAAGUUUCCCGACAAACUUCUGGAAAAGUAUCCUCUCGUUAUAAUUCAAGGAAAUCACAGAAUAGUGUUGUAUCAUGCUGGCAGCACUCCAAAAUCGGAAAGCAAUCACAGAAUUAGUAUCCAUGAGGAAGAAUGGAAAGUGAUGGACAACCCGCUUGCCAUAGUGACGAAAAGUAUGCUGAUGGUCGCUUUGCAAAAUUUGCAGUACAUCCUGAUUCGAGGUACUGAUGGACCUGAUGUCAAGUAUGCCAGGUUGCAUAACGUGACUUUAGACGUUGCAUCAUCCACCUACGCAAAUAUUCCCGCAAAAGGAAUUGAAAUGUGUCGUUGUCCUCGAGAAUAUGUCGGCACUUCAUGUCAGGAUCCCGCCCCCGGAUAUUACAGAAGACGCAAACCCAAUUUUCUGAACAGCAAAGAUAUCUUGGACCUGGUCGGAUGGGCCGAACCCUGCUCCUGCAACAAUCAUACGAAUAUUUGCGAUAAAGAAACCGGCGUCUGCAUAAAUUGUGGUGGAAACACGAUGGGGGAUCACUGUGAUCAAUGCAUGAAGGGAUUCUAUGGCGAUCCGACUCGAGGACCCUGCAGGCCUUGUGCUUGUCCUCAUCCAACAAACAGCUUCAGUGACACGUGUGUUCCUGAUGCUGUAGAUUAUGUAUGCGUUAACUGUCAACCGGGAUACACCGGCAGGCACUGUGAGAAGUGUGAUGCCGGUUUCUAUGGCGACCUCUCGCAUGAAGGAGGCAGAUGCUCGCCGUGCAAUUGUAAUCCCUACGGCUCCAAAAGUCGGGACUGCAAUGCCUUAACUGGACAGUGCCAGUGCAACGAAGGCGUAGGCGGGCGAGAUUGCACUGUCUGCAGCCACGGCUUUAUUUUGACAGAAUAUGGAUGCAAAUCGUGUGAAGAUGAAUGUACUGGAAUCUUGUUAAAAGAACUUUAUGAGAUGAAACUUCGUAUUGAUGGUACCAACUUGACCGACUUGCCAAAACUGCCGUGGGGCUAUUUGGACCGAAUUUUGAAGGAAGAAAUGAGAUUGAAGCCUCUUGUGGAAGAUUAUCAAGGAAAUGUCACGAAAGGAAAAGAACUUGUGGAUAAAUUCACAUUUUAUUUAGAUCUCGAAGCUAAGGUCGACAUGCUUUUAGUGAGGGCCAAAGACUACGUGACGAAGGCGACCGGAGUGUCUGGAGAUUCCAAAGAUACUUUUGAAGAGGCUAAAAAAUUGUUAAAUGAAUUGAAUAAGAUAUGGCAGAAUCUUAAAGAUUUAGUCGCUGAAUUGGCCACUCAUGGGCUGGAUCCCACUGGACCGGCUGUGUCUGUGCAACGCAUGCUGCAAGAAGCCGAGAGAUUGCUUCAAGAAAUAAAAUCUCGCGAUUUUGGACCGGAUAAGGAACGUGCCGAACGAGAAUUAAGAAAAGCCCAAAACCUGCUGAACAAUCUGAAAAAGCUGACACUGGAUCGUGCUCAUGUGGAUGAUCUCAAGCAAAAGAUUGACCGUUUAGACAAACUGUUGUCUGAUUUGAUCAAGAAAAUAGAUGAGAAUGUGCGCAAACCUGUUGAACGGUCUUUACAAACCUUACAGAUUGGUAGGGCGAGGGAGAAAGAAGUGCAAGCAAUAAUCAGUGAGAUCGGCGGCAUCGUGGAUAGUGCCAACCUAACAUUGAAAGAAGCUGAUGAAUUAUUGACUCUUGCUAAAGCUGCGAUUAUUGAUGGCGCUGUUAAAUUUGAGUUCUUACCAAGACUUUUAAGAGACCUUGAAAAUGCAACUGAGAAACUGGAUGAACACCGAGCUAUUUUAGCUCGAUUGAAUCCUUUGUAUAAGGAAAAGUACGUCAUUCCUGCUCAAAAACAUGCUGAUGAACUGGAGAGACAAAGCAAUCAUUUAGCAAACUUAUUUCGAGCGACGAAAGAGCUUUCCGACAUUCCUCUUCAGGCCGCCUUAGCCUAUCAGAAUAUUGUGGACGCCAUUCUGGCGGCAGAAAAAGCAGCCCGGGAAGCUGAGACCGCAGCUGAGAAUGCCUACCAACAAGCUUAUCCAGGGGUUGGAGAGGCUUUGACCGAACGAGCGGAGAAGGCCAGAGCGAGGAGUCUCGAGCUGCUUGCUGAAGCUCAAAAAUUAAACGACGAGAAAGUUCCCGAACUGGAGGAAACAAUGCGGCAGCGAAAGAAUGCCCUGGACGAUCUCUCAGAAGAUCUGGCGUUUGGAAAACGAAACAAUGACAUCAUUAACAGAGAGCUGGAUGCUUUACCAAAAGGCGUGAAAAAUAUUCUCGAAGAUGCAGCCGGGACCGUAAGAAGAGCCGAAGCGCAAGCCAAAGACGCUAAUGCUAGAGCUGAUGUACUUCUGCAAAGAUUGGACGAUGAUCUCAUCCCGAAAUUCGAAUCGAUUCGGGCUGGGACUGUAGGUGGAUUGGAAAAUUUGACUAGGAUAAUUCAGCAAGCAAGAGAUGACACGCGAGAAGCAUCCAGGUUGGCCGACAGCGCAGACGCCAAGGCAAAGCGGGUCCGAAAAUUGCACGACAUGACGAAGUUGAAUUUGAAAGAACUAAAGGACAAGAUUCUCUUGGCACGACAGAAAGCUUCCAGCAUAAGAGUUGGUUUGACUUCUGAUGUGAAUGGUAAUUGUAUUCGUUCAUACAGUCCUGCUGUGGAGCCUUCAACAACAAACAAUAUUAUUUUAAAUUUUGCCACAAAAUCAAAUGCAAAGGACAGUCUAUUAUUUUUCAUCGGAAGCGCCAAAGAGGAAGAUUUUAUGGCAUUAGAAAUGGUCAACCGAAGAAUAAGAUUUUUAUGGAAUGUUGGUGGGGGCACUCACACCAUUACACACCCCAAGGAAAUAGAAACGAAUGAUGAACUUUCCAAGAAGGAACAAUGGUUUAAAAUUGAAGCCAACAGGAUUGGCAACAUCGGUACUCUGAGCGUGAAACGAACUCCAGACGGACAGAGACCGGAUCCUUUCGAAGUGACUGGCGCCUCUCCUGCAGGUUACACGAAAAUGGACUUGGAUUCGUCUUCCAACUUUUUUAUUGGUGGAUUCCCGGAUAACUUCCUGGCUCCCAGUGAAAUCCGCACGUCUUCCUUCUCCGGAUGUUUGUACGAAGUUUUGUUUGAUGGAAGGCCUGUAGGGUUGUGGAAUUUCUUGACCAAUGUAGGUUGCGAUGGUUGCAAAGAGGGAGCUACUGAAGAUAUUGAUACAAGUGCCUUCGAAUUCCAAGGUGGUUCCAGUUAUGCAAGUCUAGUUCCACAAGUGCCAUUUUAUAAAAAGAACGAUCUGUACUCUGUUGUAAGUUUCAAGACAUUGAACGAAGAUGCGCUGUUGUUCCUCUUUUCUAAUAAAGAAAGGGGACAGAUGAUAUCAUUAGAGCUAAAAGGCGGUAAAGUGGUUUAUCAGUUAAAAUUUGAUAGCAGAACUCACAUUCGCUUGGAAACUAAAAAGAAGUACAACACUGGCCGGUGGAUCCGAGUCGAAGCGGCUACAGAAGAUUCUGAAGCUCAAUUAUUGGUGGAAGAAGAGGAACUGCUUAAAGAAUUUUCGAAGAGUUCCUCAUCAUCUUUAGAAUUCAGAGAUAGUUACAUGUACUAUGGCGGUGUUCCACCCAACUUUACCAAAGAGAGUUGGCCUGAUGUCACAUUUUCCAACUUCUUUGGUUGCAUGAAAGACUUGCAGAUAGAUUCCACUCCAAUCGAUUUAUUUAAAAGUAGUUUCUAUGGAAUGAACAUUGGCUGCUCCAAUAGGCCUCUAAAAGUCGCCACUUUCAAAGGCGAAGGCUACUUGGAGUUGAAUGGCCAAGUUCUGCCACGAAACUCCAGCAUCACCUUCUCCUUUUUGACUAGCCAAAGUGAUGGACUCUUACUUGUGUCUACCUUCAAAGGACAGCCGGGAGUGAAACAAGAUCAGCAACAGAAUUAUUAUUCAGUGGCUCUUAAAGACCAGCGUAUCGUGGUGAUGUUUAACAGCGGAAGCGGCGAAAUACAAAUGACAUCCGAUCGUACGAUCACUAGAAACUCUUUCCAUACAGUAAAUAUCAUUAGGAAAAACAGGAGUUUGAUACUGAGAUUGGAUGAUCAAAAAGAAGCCGAUAUUCUUCUACCACGUGCCACCGCGGAGAUCCCUAGUCCUCAGAAGGGCGGCCUCUUCUUUGGAGGAGUUAAAAGAGGCAUCGAUGUGAGUGGUAUCACAGCAACCCAACAGCCAUUUGUUGGUAUAAUCCAAGAUGCAGUUUUCAAUGAUAAAUUGUUGAGGUUCGACGAACAAGUGAGUCAUAAAGGAGUCGAUUUUGGACAACCAGAUCUCCAGAGCGUGUCCGAGGAGUUUUUCCAAAAAAUGGCGCCGUCACCCCCAGGCGAUAGUUGCUCAACUUACGUGCAAAUGGAAGACAGUGCUGUUUAUCUGCAGCGUGAAAAGCCGGUUGAACUUCGCCUAAUUAAGAAAGAUGUCCCUAACACCUUCAACAUGUCCCUCGAAUACAGAACUUUUUACCGAGCUGGGAACAUAAUUUCUCUCUCCAACAAUCCGAAAAAAUUGCAGCUGUCUUUAUUUUUAGAAAAAGGUUUGUUAAAUCUGUAUUACCUGCAUAGGAAAGAAAAGAAAUUAGAGAAGAGAAAUACUGUAUUGCCUAUUGGUAAAUGGCAUGAGAUAAACUUAUUAAAGAAUGGAAGACACGUGACGGUGUUUCUAGAUAAACAGAAGAGCUUUCUCUUGAGCGUGCCGAAGCGACUGUCAUUCAAGACCCUGGACAUUGGAGGUGCACUUCAUGAGCUCCAAGAAAGUUUCAAGGGGUGCUUCCGAAAUCUGAAACUUAAUGCAAUAGAUAAGAAAAUUCCAUCUGAUAUCUCAUGCGCUAAUCACGUGGAAUUCGGAAAUUAUUUUACUGGAACAGGAUCCAUCUUACAAGAUGCUUCUUUCCAUUUAGGAGAAAAAUUAGAUUUAGGUUUUCAAUUUAGAACUUUUCACUAUAAUGGAAUUAUAUUCAGUAUUUUUUCUAAAUUUACCGGAAUAUGGUUUGAAUUAUCAUUGAAAGACGGGGCGGUUAUUGCUAAGAUGUAUGACGAAGACAACUUAAAUCUGGAGGUUUCGCAUAAACUUGCAUCAGAUUCCACUUGCGAUUACAAAUGGCAUAAUGUCAGAAUGAAUUUCAUCAAAAACUCUUUUGUCCUGCAUGUGGACAGUUCAAAACCUUUUGAGGAGAAAAUUCAAAAUAUUCCAGCAAAUUUGAGCUUUGCUGAAAUAUAUAUAGGAGGAAAACCAGAAGAGUAUCUACACCAUAGAGAAGAAGUUGAUUAUUUCUCAGGUUGCAUCAAAGGAAUGACUUUAAAUGGAUUUGGACUGAAGAUUCAUUCAGAAUUUGAGAAUAUUGUGCGGCAUGAAUGUCCGCAACUAUGA